AUGAACAAGUCAUUUCCUCUCUUGUGUUUCAAAGGACUGUUGAUGGGUUUUGUAUCAGGAAGAUGCGUUGUUAUAGGUGUGAUACUGCAUAUGGCAACAGCCUCCUUUUUGUUCAGUAUCUGCUCAGCAAAGGAUCCUCCUGCUCUUUAUAUAUUUGGAGAUUCACUGGUUGAUGCAGGAAACAACUUCUACAUUAAUACAGCAGCAAAAGCAAAUUUUCCUAAUGGGAUUGAUUUUGGGAAUCCAAUAGGAAUUCCAUCUGGGCGAUUUACAAAUGGAGAAGAAGUGGGGUUGGCUAGUUUAACUCCUCCUUACUUGGCUCCGACAACCACUGGAGAUGUGAUUCUGAAGGGUGUCAAUUAUGCUUCUUCAGCAUCGGGAAUUUUAAAUGAUACUGAACGGUUCUUCAGACUCUACAAUCUGGAUGCCAGAAAGUUUAUAGUUACAAAUUCUGCUGCUGUUGGAUGCAUCCCUUUCGUUAGAGAUCUACAUUCAUCUGUAGAUGGCUGUGUUGCUGUCAUGAAUCAGAAAGCACAGUUAUUCAAUAGCCGAUUGAAUAGCCUGCUAGCGGAACUCACCAAAAAUCUCGAGGCAUCAACUUUUAUUUGUGCAAAUGUUUAUGCAAUGCUAGAUGAUAUUCUUAAUAACUACAUGACAUCAUAUGGUAUACCGAAUGAGUGA